AUGGAGAAACUUGUGAAAAUCUACACUGAUCAUAAGAGUCUAAAGCAUCUCUUCUCGCAGAAAAAUCUCAAUAUGAGACAAGGGAGGCGUUUAGAAUUGACCAAUGAUUAUCAGUGUGAGAUUAAGUACCAUCUAGGGAAAGCAAAUCAGGCCACGGAUGCGCUAAGCCGGAAGUCCCAUUUGGUAGAUGAGGCUGAAUCAUCGGUGUUAGACUCUCUUAUUUGUGGGAUGAGAAGACUUCUUGUUGAGAAUUCAAAAUUUAAAGAACGAAUCUUGGAUGAGGCUCAUGUAGCCCCGUUUUCGGUUCAUCCCGAGAGCACCAAGAUGUACCGAGACUUGAAGAGAAGUUUUUGUUGGGAAGGAAUGAAGAAGGACAUUGCUUUGUUUAUUGCAAGAUGUACAACUUGUCGACAAGUUAAAACCGAGCAUCAGAGGCUUGCUGGUUAUGUCCAACCCCUCCUUAUUCCUGAGUGA